AUGACAGUGAAGCCUGUUUUAAUAUGCCAAAGUACUUGUUACAUUGCUGAGGACCAGCUGUUUGAAUGGACAGAAAAGGUGUUUGGCUGCCUUGAGUAUAGAGAGCUCAAUGUGAUGGUGCUUUCAGACAGCCCUGUGGCUGAGUACAAUGCAGACUACCUCUACGGUAGCACCAUCCCCUUCAUACGCUCCCUCAAGAGCAGUGCUUACAAAUGCCAGGCCUUUUGCCCUGCAGUAGGGCAGCCCAGCAUCCUCACUGGACUGCCAGCUGCAGUACUGAGCCACUGCCAAGUCCAUCAGAUUCCAGCUGUUCUGUACCAAUGUUACUCUGAUGUCAUCAGCCCAGACUCAGUCACCAUGGAAACCUACAAACCUGCUCUGACAAGUUUAAGCAAGUUGGUUAAAUUGGAGUCUUGUCCGAGUGCAGACGUCCUCCGAAAGGUUGCUAAAAUCAGCGAGACUCAGAGUAACCUGUAUACUUAAAUGUGGAGGGUUUAUUUUGACUCGAUAGGCUUUGUAUUUGUCUUUUAUUUAACUGCAAAAUAAUAUGCAAUUAAUGUUUCAUUUUCAAUAAAUAAAAACAAAUCACCCCCAUGAUAAUAAUACAUUUCUGAUUGAUCUGAACACUGAAAUUGACUGACAUUUAGGUGUGAAUAGCCAAAUAAAUUCUCCAACACAGUAUAUAAAAUUAUAUUCAGAGUCAAGACCCAGCUCCAUUUGUUCCACAGUCACAAUUUUUGUUCCAAAAGUCCU